UUCAUCGUUACCUGUGGCGUACAUGACAAAGUGUCGAAUGUAUUCCGUGCGAGCGAUAUUUGCGUAUUACUUUUGUUCUAACAUGACAAAUCGCGUGUCGGGAGUGUCGUCUAAAAUAUUGUGUGUUUCAUUGUAAUAUUGUUUUGCCGUAAUAUUGCAAUGGUAUAAAACGCGCGUCGGAAGUGCCGUUUAAAGUGCCGUGCGAUUUUCGUAUUUGCGUCGCGAAUGUGUGUGAGUGAACUUUGAAGACCAUUGAGAGGAGGAGGAGGCUCAGGGGGAGCAUCAGGCAUCGGCGGAGCAACUUUACGAUCAACUAUGCAGAUCAACAGAAUGACAACUCCGCUGCAGCGCAUCGAUCGAUUCCUGGACGACACCGUACAAACAGUUAAUUUAUCGCGUGUACACGAGUCUCAUAAUCCUGUUAAUAUACACGUUUAUGCUGUCGCAAUUAUUGGAUCUAAUUCUGACUGUACGCAAUGCAGACGAUUUCACUGAUAAUUUCUAUAUGCUACUUGCCAUGAUCGUUUCCUGCUGUAAGAUGAUCACUCUGUUAAUAAAUCGCAGCAACAUUGUGAUGCUAAUCGGUAUUCUCAUAAGAAGACCAUGCAAACCCGUGCAACCUGACGAAAUUGAAAUUCAGCAGAAGUUCGACAAACUUGUGCAGACAAAUACGCUUUCCUAUGCAAUUCUGGUUGAGACAACGUGUUUGUGCAUUGCUGUGACGUCAUUGCUGACAGAAUUCAAUAAAGGAAGAUUGACUUUCAGGGCAUGGUUGCCAUUCGAUUAUACCUCGCCGUCAUUAUUUCGUCUUGUAUAUAUGCACCAAUUGAUAGGUUUGACGGCCGGAUCUGUUCUUCACGUGGCUUGUGACGGUCUGAUAUGUGGAUUAUUGGUACAUGUUUGCUGUCAAAUAUCGAUUAUAGAAUGCCGCUUGAAAAAAAUCGCAUGCAAUCGCGGUAUUCUUCGGGAGUGCGUUCUUCAGCACAAUCAUAUAUUCAAGUUUGCUCGCUUAGUAAAUGAGAAAUUUAGGUUAACUAUUCUCAUACAAUUUAUUGUGAGUACACUGGUAGUGUGCUUCAUUUUAUAUCAAUUUACUAAGUCGACUGCGUUAAAAGCAAAAUAUAUGCAAUUGAUAAUGUACAUGGGCUGCAUGCUGUCGCAAAUCUUUUUUUAUUGUUGGUACGGCAACGAAGUUAAAUUAAGGAGUCGACAACUGGUCAAUAACAUAUUUGAAAUGGAGUGGUUUGAGCUGGACAUUCCUACGAAACAAUCUUUAUUAAUGAUAAUGAGACGUGGAACAGUACCAAUCGAGCUUACUAGUGCAUACGUAAUCUCUAUGAAUCUCGAUUCUUUUGUGGGUUUACUCAAGACAUCAUAUUCGGCUUACAACAUACUUAAGCAAAUGUAA